AUGCGGACCCCUGGCAUUAUAAUCAUCGGCCUGGUGCUCGCUCCGUGCGGGUGGGUUCUGGACUUAACCAGCACAGUGGCACCCAACUGGCGCACUCUGCACAAAGUCAGCAACCAGCCCUCCGACACGGUGAUCAACCAGGGCAUCUGGGACAUCUGCAAGACCUACACUUCAUCGAGCAGUCAGAAUGACUGCAACUUAAGAAGCACAGACCAGCUGUACUUUAACAACCAGGUCAUUCCGGUCGCGCAGGGCAUGAUGGUGGCCUCGCUGGUGGUCACUGCGCUCGGGCUGGCUGUGGUCGCGCCCGGUGCGCGCUGCUGGACCGACCAGUCGCCGCGCUGGAUCGUUGUAGGUGUCGGCGGCGUGCUUAUUUUCUGCUCUGGAGCGCUCACUAUCAUUCCGAUCGCUUGGUACACGCACCUGCUGACCAAACUGAACACCACUACCACCUUUACUGACCCGCAGAACCCGGAUAUCCGCGUGGGUUAUUGCAUUGUGCUUGGCUACAUCGGCGGCAUCCUGGAGGUGAUCGCAGGCGUCGUCUUGUUUAUUGGGAUAUUCCAGUGCUGUGGAGGCCGGAACCGCGGGGAGAAGCGACAAGAAAGCCGCCCGCAGCGGGAUGUGCCCCGCAUUACCAACCCGACCCCGUAUCCGCGCUCCAACCUUUCAAGGUACGAAAGCAGGAAUCCACCCAGGAGCGUCAGCAGCAGCACCUCCUCCAGUAGCCCCUACUCAGUGAAUGAUGAACAUGAUUACCCGAGAGCCAAUGGUGGAAAUAAAGGCAGGGUAAACCCGGCCUAUAACAGCAGACCAUACGAUGCGGAUUUGUAA